UAAUGUUGCAGCCAUUUGACUAUGAUCCCAAUGAGAAAAGCAAACACAAAUUCAUGGUACAGACAGUCUAUGCUCCUCCUGGUAUUACAGACAUGGAAGCAGUAUGGAAAGAUGCAAAGCCUGAAGAUCUUAUGGACUCUAAACUCAGAUGUGUCUUUGAGUUGCCUGCGGAGAAUGAGAAAUCGCAGAACGAGAUUGUAGAGUGCGACCCAUUAGGCAGUGGUUUAGACACCCCGUUAGAUACAGCAAAGAUGGAUCUGCAUAGCUUUGUGCACUAUUAUGACAGUGUCCGACCGCCUCCACGUGCUGUACCCACACCAGGAAAUGGUCUCAGGUUUCACACUCCAAUCCGUGGUGGCAUUCGUCAGACUCCAAUCAGUGGUAGCCAUAGAAGUGACCUUCAGGGAUUUGUAUCUGCCCCAGCCAGUGACACCAGAGUACAAAAGGUCCAGAAUGAUAUUGAAGUGAAUAAAGCUGCUGCAGUAACGAAUGCACCUAAAUCAGAUGGACCGGCAAUGCCAAAAUCUGCCAGUAUUUCAAUGGAUGACACUGAAGUGCGGAAACUAGUUGAAGAAUGCAAGAGGCUUCAAGCCGAGUUGAUGAAAAUGACAGAUGAGAAUCGACAGCUGAAAGUAAGCUUUUAUGAACCAUACAAAAAGCUUUGCACAGUAUAACACAUUCAUUCCUGGAGGUAUGUCAAGAUAUGUUGGCAGAAGAAUGUCGUUCUCAAUCUGAGUGAUUAACACCAAAUAUUGGAACCGUUCAAACAGCUGGUACAAUGAAUGAGGUGAUCGGAGUUUGAAAGGGAAAGGAUUCCUUCUGCAUCCCAUUUCAGGUUGAUCAAGGAAUGGCUUCAACUGUCUAUACAAAAUGGACUGACGUCAUCAAGCAUAUUGUGGAGUAAUGUUCCUUUUAAAAAUUCAGUCUCUUCACUUGUCAUACUUUUGUUUCCUGUUGUGUUAUACAUUUCCAUUGCAUAUUCCUCAGAUAAGUAGAUCACUUGCUUCCAGGCUUCCAUUGCUACACAAGAUUCAUUAACUAAAGGGUGUAUGAUUGUAAUGCAUGCACUACCUUCUCCUACCCCAAGAAUCAGUGUAAUCGGCUGGUUUUGGUGUUUAUGGAACUUCUUGGGCGCAUUAUUAGUAUGUCUACAAAGCCAGUUGAGUAAGUUGAUGUACCGAUAUAGUAUGACAUGAAAUUGCACGUGUGAGCUUGGUUCCUCCUAUCACAUUGCACCAGCAUGCUAAUUUAUUGAUUCCUCAUGAAUAUAUCCUUCAGACAAAGUACAGAAGCAUUACUUCCUGAAGACUAUGCACAAUAUGCAUCAUAAUACAGAAAUGGGUUUAGGUUAGAGGUAGUAGGAACUGCAGAUGCUGGAGAAUCUGAGGUAACAAGGUGUAGAGCUGGAUGAACACA